GCAUUUAGGGAGGGCAAUGAUGGGGUGGCGCAGUUUAUGCUCCAGAAGAUCACAGGUCAGAAAGCACAGUUAGAAUUACUGCAGGCUCUUGAUCGAGAACGCGUAGCCGCUAAAUUACUGGAGAUCGGGAAGUCGUUUCUUCGUAGCAAGGCGCGAGACGUUGGAGCUGUAGAGCCUGAAUCAGCCCGAGAGUCUGUGCCAUGGAUGCAAAAGGCCUUCACGAUGAUUGAGCACCUGGAAGACGUAGCAUCGCCUGGCUUACCAGAACUGAAGGUCAAUCGUGCUCGUAAUUUUGGAUCUCGGGCCUAUUUUCUCUCUUCCUCCCUUGAACCCGAGAAUCUGACCCGCGCAGAAGCUUCCUUGAAUGAGCUUAUUACGACCCUUGACUCCACCACAAACAGCGGAAGCCCGGAAUACCAGCAACUAAGAUGGAUGAGGAUAGCCGUGUUGAAACGCCGGAGGGCGUCCGAACUCGCUCUUAUGGACGGUAACUCCCCGAGAGGUUGUGCCGCACGAUUAGCCCACAAUAACCGCGAGUUUCCAGCGUUCCAGUCUGUUGUCGAUCACACGGCUUUGACGGAUGCCGAUGUUACAGAUACUCUAGUCACAGCUAUACACCGACAUUCGCUGAAGCGAAGCCUAGAAAUAGAGGGGGAGCAUGUUCUCAACUCAAUCGAUCGGCUGCUCUUAUCCUUGAUCCACCAUUGUUCCAAGGACCAAGACCAUGGAAGGGCCAUGGGGGACAUGGCCGAGGCAUUCUCAGGUACUAUGGACUGUUGGGUAUCGCAGCUUCUUUGGCAGUUUGGCGAUCGCCACUAUCAUGCGAAGCGAUGGUCGCAGGCAGCGGAGUGGUUCCUUGCGGGUGCCCACAGCAUCUUCAGCAGCAUGGGUACAUCCACCGAGGCGAAAUGCUAUAGGAAAGCUGCGUUGGCGCUCAUCCACGGGAAAGAAUAUGGCAGGGCGUAUACCGCUAUCCGGCACUGUCCCACGGAUGAAGCUGCGACUUAUUACGUUGUCUUCCUCACAGCAGUCCACCAAGCCAUCCGAGCUGUCAAAGAUAUGGUGAAUUCCUCUGACUUCGACCGGAACAUGCUCCUAUUGGCCACCCAAAUGGCCCAUGAAUCGGAACUGAAGUGUUUGCUCCUUACGAUUCUGGAUGCAUUACUGCAGACGCUGAAGGACGACGAGAGCAUCGAGACCGAGAUUGACGCGAUAACUAUAAUACGCUGUCUCGUCCGAUUGAUCCUCAAGUUACUGUCGGAACCAGGCGCGAACAGAUUCGAACUGGUCCAGGCCCUGAUACGCUAUCUGAAGACGGCUAAGUCAUGCUGUGAGAAGGCGGCAUCGAGGAAGGCAGGGGCUGUGAUUAGCAAGGACGUAUCAUGGCUAUGGCGAGCCGCUUACAACUGCGGUGUGCAAGGAUGUUCUGAAUGGGAAAGCUCACCAGAUACCGUUUCUGAUCUAUUCGAGGCCACCCGAGAGCUUUUAGAAGUCUACUGUCAGAUGGCCGCCAUGGACGUUGAUUCGGAUGUAUACCAAUAUAUUGUCAACGCUUCAUUCGCCAGUAUCUCAGGACGAGUCUUCAUGGCCCGAGAAAGACUCUUGCACGGCUCAAUCCCGGGGGAUCGAUUGAGGCCCACUCUCAAAAAUAUAGAGGAGGCCAAAGCUAGAAUCCAGGGCAUCCUUGGGAAGAACCUGAUUCGUCGUCAAGAGGACAUUCCCCGAGUUCGCUCCUUUCUUCACGUAUUGCGUGUUUUCCAGGUGGAGAUGUUGUGCCACCUCAAGGAUUGGUGCACUCUUUUAGAGACCGUUGGGGAAAUAGUGAGAGCCGAUGCUCUGGCUGUCAACACCUUCGAGGCAGUUGCCGAUAUCCUUUGGGUAGAAAAGGACUGCCCGACCGAAAGCAAGUACACUAGUUUGGGCUUCUUGGCACCGUGGUAA